UCAUCUUUCUAUCUCUUAACCACAGAGAGUGAGCCAACAAAAACCACAGAGAGUCCCCAAAACGCCGUCGCUUCGCCUCCCGAAGCUUCCAGCUCUUCAACCACCAAUGGCGGCCGCAUCCCUCUCCGCCUCUUCAGUCGCCGCCACAACAACCAAAUCACUCCCUCACUCACUUUUCCUCUCCAAUCUCCACACCUCUUCUUCUCCAUCUCUCCGAUUACCGGAAACCCGGCCCAGAACCAAACCCCUAGUUUGGGCCUCCGCCGGCACGGCCCUCGAGGUCGACCAAGCCCAAGCCCAAGCCCAAACCUCCGCCACCCCCUCCAAGACCUUGCCUUUCCGGGUCGGGCACGGCUUCGACCUCCACCGAUUGGAGCCCGGCUACCCUCUGAUCAUCGGCGGCAUCGACAUCCCUCACGAUAGAGGCUGCGAGGCUCACUCCGAUGGGGAUGUGUUGCUUCACUGUGUGGUGGAUGCUAUACUGGGAGCAUUGGGCCUCCCGGAUAUCGGGCAGAUAUUCCCGGAUUCGGAUCCCAAGUGGCGCGGUGCGGCUUCCUCUGUCUUCAUCAAAGAAGCUGUGAAAUUGAUGCAUGAGGCAGGUUAUGAAAUUGGAAAUUUAGACGCUACCUUGAUUCUUCAAAGACCGAAACUGAGCCCACAUAAGGAGGUUAUGAGGGCCAACUUGGCUAAGCUGCUUGGUGCAGACCCAUCUGUUGUGAAUCUGAAAGCCAAGACUCAUGAGAAGGUCGACAGCCUAGGAGAAAAUCGUAGCAUUGCAGCUCACACAGUGGUUCUUCUUAUGAGGAAAUAGAAAGGGCCUUCAAUUCCAGUUAUCACUUGUUACAUUUGUAUCUUAUUACAGCUCUUUUCUUUUAUGCUGCUUCGUAUAGGUAACCAAUUUGCUUACUCUUCAUGGCAUUUGGUUUGGCACUAGAUACAUGUAAAGUUGUUUUCUUUCUCUUGAACUCUUUUGAGAGAAAAAUCAUGAUAUAUGACGAUAGUAUGAUUGGGACAAUAUGAUGUCACUGUUGAAGCC